CUCUCUCACCCACCUCCUCCUCCUCCUCCUCCUAACAAGCUCCUAACAAGUGCAUGCUGCAUAAUCUUCUUUUCUCUCUCUAUGAGUGGAGAGGUGGAGCUGGCACCAAGUUGCUCUUCUCCUGGGUAGAUGGACGCCGUAUUUAGAUUGUUUAGACUGCAAACAUCUGAUCCACAGUCUUGCCAAAAUUCCAGCUCGAAAUCCUCUAAAGCUCACUCAAAGCAGCAGCACCACCACCAUUACUACAUCCAUACAAGCUGUUUGCACCAACAAGAGCAGUGUCAAGAAGAAUGCGGCGUCGGCCGCUGUCAUCUUUACAUGGAUGAAGAAGACUUCUCCUCCUCCUCCUCCUCGUCGAAGCACCACCGACGCCGUCCUCUCUCCGCCUCCGCCUCCGCCUCCACCGACACCACACCGACCCCGACACCACUUUUUAAUCCUAAUGACUUGUCGCUUCUCCGGGACCUCAGCCUCGACUUUUCCCCCGCGUCCUCUUCGUCGGCCAAUGCCAGCAGCGCCGGCGGCCGGUUGGCGUCGCAUCUGUUGCCGGAAUGCGCGCGCGCCGUCGCGGAGCGCGACAGCCAGAGGGUGCAGCAGUUGAUGUGGAUGCUGAAUGAGCUCUCCACCCCUUAUGGCGACGUGGAUCAGAAGCUGGCCUCUUACUUUCUCCAGGGCCUGUUCGCCCGCCUGACGUCCUCUGGCCCGCGCACCCUCCUCUCCCUCUCUGCCGCCUCUGACCACAACUGCUCCUUUGACUCCACCCGCCGAACCGCCCUCCGUUUCCAGGAGCUCAGCCCCUGGUCCUCCUUCGGCCACGUCGCCGCCAACGGCGCCAUCCUCGAGUCCUUCCUACAGAGCUCGUCUUCGAGCCGCACGCAGAGGUUCCACAUUCUCGACCUCAGUAACACCUUCUGCACGCAGUGGCCGACGCUUCUUGAGGCCCUCGCCACGCGAUCGUCCGAUGACACGCCGCAUCUGUCCAUCACCACCGUCGUGUCGUCACCCUCGUCGUCGUCGUCGUCAGCCCCGUCGUCCUCUAUGCAGAGAGUCAUGAAGGAGAUCGGGCAGCGAAUGGAGAAGUUCGCGAGGCUGAUGGGUGUCCCGUUCCGGUUUAACGUAGUUAAUCACCCCGGAAACCUGCUGGAUCUCGAUCUCGACCGGCUCGACCUCCGGGAAGGCGGUGCCGCCGCGCUCGCCAUCAACUGCGUCAACACGCUCCACGGGGUCUCCCCUGCCGGCUGCCGCCGAGACACUCUCUUCGCCGCCUUCCGCCGGCUCCAGCCGAGGAUCCUCACGAUCGUCGAGGAGGAGGCCGAACUCGACGCCGCCGCGGGAGGGGAGGAGGACAGGGAUGCGUUCCUGAAGGUGUUCGGCGAGAGCUUACGCUUCUUCUCGGCGUACUACGAGACGCUGGAGGAGAGCUUCCCGCGGACGAGCAACGAGCGGCUGGCGCUGGAGCGGGCGGCGGGACGGGCGGUAGUGGACCUCGUGGCGUGCCCGGCGGCGGAGUCUACGGAGCGAAGGGACACGGCAGCCGGGUGGUCGAGGCGGAUGCAGGCGGCGGGGUUCGAGUCAGCGCAGUUCAGCGAUGACGUGGCCGACGAUGCAAGAGCGCUGCUAAGGAGAUACAGGAAGGGUUGGUCAAUGAGGGUAGCGGAGGUGGCAGGUAGAGACGCCGGGAUAUUCUUGGAGUGGAAGGAGCAGCCGGUGGUGUGGGCGAGCGCAUGGAAGCCAUGAGAGAGAGAGAGAAAGAGAGGCGGGGGGGGGGGUGGAAGAGAGACAAGAGAAAGAGAGCUUCGGCACGUGUUGCAGAGAGGGUGUGCUGCGUAUAUUGAAAGCUACGCCGUACCGGUAUCUCAUGAGAGGCUUGGUUACGGAGGGAAGAGAGCGAGAACGGAGAAGAUUGGAAAAGAGGAGAGAGAGAGAGAGAGAGAGAGAGAGGCUUAAUUAAAUUUUUUGCUAAUUUAAUUAAGGCUCACAAAUAAAUUGUUUCUCAAAAUGACCCCUGAAACUUUGGAAUGAGCAAAUGUAUUUUGACCAAUUACCCUAAUAACCAUGGUUGAAACACUAAGUUUAUGAAAUCCUUGUAGGUUAGUUAACUAAAGUACUCAUACUGCAGCCAGUGAGGAACUUACUUAAAAAAAGAUUAAAAAAAUCUCUUAUAUUCUAUUUCAAAGGUAUCAGCGGCUUUCAUUCUACCAAAUCUCAAGAAACUGAAACAUUUCAGAUUAGAGAUGUGUAUUGGAUUAGAUG